AUGAUUGGUCAAUUACAGAAGAAGAAAAAAAGGAGACGAAAACUUACUAUUUUCAAACACUCUUGGUUGAUCGGUCACCGAUCAUCUAAUACUCCUAACCAAAAGAAAAAAAGGUUAAAAAAAGACAUUUGUAUAUUUACCGGUGGUUGUACUGAAAAGUUCGAACAGUCGAAUUUCAUCAUCCUUCUGACAAACCGAAUCAAUCCCUUUUUGUGA